AUGGAUACCCCGGUUAGGCAAAAUCCUGACUCUGUCGAGACGAAUGGCAGUCACAACAAUACUACAAGUCAGAACCAUGUUUCCGAAAUUGCUGAUGCAACUAUGAUCAGUUUAGUAAAUGGAAGUGAGUCGCCCGAAGACACGGAAAGGAUUCACUGGGAAAGCGGACGACGACUAUGGAGAACCGUCGAAAAAACGAAUGCAAAUACGAUAACAGUUGUUGGACAUGAAUGCGUAAAGUCGGUCGUUCCUCUCGAUCUACUUCGAUACCUGUACCUUCCCCGACAUCCUCAUGACAGAUAUUUUGACACGGAAACAAGAACGCUGUCAUACAUUCGAUCACGUUCCUUUUUACCUGUCAAGUCCCUUCCGCCCGGACAGCGAAAAAGGAUUCUCGUCACGGGUGGUGCUGGCUUUGUGGGUUCGCACUUGGUCGAUCGUUUGAUGUUAAUGGGUCAAGAAGUGAUUGUCAUUGACAAUUACUUUACCGGGCGCAAGAGUAAUAUUGCUCAUUGGAUAGGCCAUCCGAACUUUGAGCUGAUCAGACAUGACGUUGUUGAUCCGUUUUUAAUCGAAGUAGAUCAGAUAUAUCAUUUGGCUUGUCCCGCCUCUCCGCCUCAUUACCAGCACAACCCUAUUAAAACGGUUAAGACUAGCGUUAUGGGAACUAUCAAUAUGCUUGGAUUAGCAAAAAGGGUUAAGGCUCGUUUUCUCCUAGCAUCUACAUCAGAAAUUUACGGGGAUCCGGAAGUGCAUCCGCAGACAGAGACGUACUGGGGCAAUGUAAAUCCCAUCGGACCACGGGCGUGUUAUGAUGAAGGCAAGCGGGUGGCCGAGACCUUGACCUAUGCGUAUAGGCACCAAGAUCACGUUAAUGUUAGAGUAGCCCGCAUAUUUAAUACAUAUGGUCCUCGGAUGAAUGAGAACGACGGCCGGGUAGUUAGUAAUUUUAUCAUGCAAGCUUUGAGAGGAGAAGAACUAACAAUAUAUGGAGAUGGGUCGCAAACGCGAUCGUUUCAAUACAUUCACGAUCUUGUGGAUGCUUUAAUACUACUCAUGAAUAAUGAUUGCGAUGAGCCGGUAAAUUUGGGUAAUCCGGAUGAAUAUACCAUUCGAAGUCUUGCAGAGUUGGUUAGAGAUGAAGUGAACCCAGAUUGUAAGAUUACAACCCUGAAAGCUACCAUUGAUGAUCCAAAAAGGCGCAAACCUGACAUAUCGAGAGCCGAGGACAAGUUGGGGUGGAAACCCACAUGGCCGGUCAGACAGGGUAUCCAAGAAACUGUACAGUAUUUUCGGCGACAAAUGGAAGCUGGACUCAUUUGA